AUGCAGUUAAACGAACUGGGCCAUAUAAGUCAUACCGAGAACUGCACGUAUACAUUUGCUAUGGCCGGGAAAAGCCAGAAGAGCAAGAGGACUGUAUCUGUCUGUAUUCCCUGUAAGAGUCAAAAACUGAGGUGCAAUAAAGCGCGUCCCAUUUGCUCGAGAUGCCAGAGACUUGGAAAGCACUGCCAUUAUGGUGCCCAUACUCAAAUUCUCACACCGGCCGAAGAACUACUAGAUAACGGUACAAUCUCACUAACCAAUACAUCCUCUCAACUACCAAGCUUUUAUUUAACGCCCAGGCCGAGCGAUGGAACUGUCCUCUCACGCAGCAGCGAGAAACUGACCGACAAAGCACAUGUGAUCCAAAGUAGCCCUGACCUUGAAAUUUAUGAAGAUUUGCAACUGUGGGACCCGAAUAACGUGAUUGUUACUUAUGGAUCAACAACGUUUUUUGAGCUCCCCUUUGCAGCCCACUCGAUAAUUCAAUACGAUCCAUUUACUAGAUUACUUUGCGGCUCACUUCAUGGUACGACACUGUAUGAUCUCCAAUCUCGAUUAAAUAAAAUAUCAGUGGAUCCAAACACUCCUGCAAAUCCUGGAUCAGAGUUACUACGAGAAGAACUUGGACCAUUGUCAUUUUUGGAGAAAUCCAUUAUGAAAUGGGUGAAUAUGACCACUGAGAAUGCAACAAACCAGCUACCAUUCCAAAUUUUCAAUAAUGGACACACCAUUGAAGAUACAAUGCACCCAACUUUACUUGCCACCGUACAAGUAAUAGUAAGGGAAAUCAACAUCUUAUUGUUGUCAAAAAGUGAAAUCGAUCAUUAUCUUAGACACUUCUAUGAGAAUGUGUACCCAUUCUAUCCCUUUUUCGAAAUUCCUCUUUUUGAAAAACAGCUGAAGGAUAUAUUACACGACCGACCGGGAGAUAGCUACGAAAUUAAUGUCUACGAUCAAAAUAUAAGGAUAAAACUGCAAACAUUAGUCUUUUUUUUGAUCGUUUUAUCAAUUUCUUUAAGGUGCUCUACUAUAGACCCUGAUGACAGUAAAAUGACUGAAACAAACUGUAAUGACAUUGCCAGACAAUUGAUUUUAUACUCGCAAAAGAUUCUUUCAUUGUUGGAUGGGUUCAGAGUAACCAACGAAAGUAUUAUGUGCUGUAAUAUGUAUUUGUUUUUGGCUGAUAUUCUCAAUCCCGAAAAUAGAAUGCCAUAUCCAUCACAUGAUGAGUUACUCGCUCUAAACUGUAUCAACGAACUUGGGACGACUCUGGGAGUUUUUAACGACCCUUCAGUAUUUUUAAGAUACAGGAAUGACCCUAAUUACGACACUUCUAAAGACUCAUUGAAACGAAAGGUUUGGAUAGGUAUUCAACUACUCAAAAUGCAACACUCAACAGCAGAUGGUGGAAACAAUGUGAUUGAUGUGAAACAUAUGGAAACCUUUCUUAACACUAACAAGGAUUCGUUGCCGGUGUUUACUACCCGAUUCAAAGGAGCCUCAUACGCAGACUCUCGUAUAUUUGCGAUACAAGAGGAUCUCUACAAAUUCCAUCUAGUAAUGCAAAGGUUGAUGAAAAGCUGUUCCCCAUUAAACGACCAUCAACGCCUCACAGAUAUUAAGAAGAACAUGGUAGAAUUCAUGGAAUUCUUAGAGAGCCGUUUUUCGCUUGAUGACCUAAAGAAUUGUGAGAAAGGAAGUGAUGAGAUAAAAGAGAAAGACUGGAGGAAUGCCAGUAUAAAUAUCAAUGCAGUAGCGAACUUCUGGUUAUUUACAGCGAACAUAAUGGGUCGGUCCUGCUUGUUGAACAUAAACACAAUGCUAUUUAUCCAUUUUGAGAAAUUGUGUGCCAGGGAACCCGAGAAAUACCAAAGUUACUAUCAUCAUUAUUUACUCCAAACGUUGACGAACUACCUAACUCUACUGGAACUUAUAGUUGGCUACCUGAAUGGGGGUUUUGACUUGUACCUGCUGUUUAGCCAUCGCUUUUGUUUUAACAAAACGGUGAUUUUCACGAUUUUAAAACUUUGGGUAACGCAAAUGCGUCUUGCUUUGAGGUUCAGUUACAAGAAGCUAUCGAGGAGCUCCCACACAGGACCCUUAAAUCUAAACGAUUCAGCCGUUGAUGAUUCUUUGGUACAAUGCAUUGAUACACUGAAAACUCAUCUGAAAUUAACUGUGGACUUGAUGGCUAACUCCCUUCAGGACUCAUAUAUUGGCGCGUUCCAAGCUCUCCAAAUGGCAAGGUACUUAGUUUAUUUGUUAGACACGGAUUCCCUUGCGUACUCAACGACAAGAUUUUGGAAUAAAAUAUUCCACAUGACAGACAUCCCUGAAAGAAUAGUAGAGAAGGUGAAUUCUAAAUGGGGGGUCGGUCCAAACUCUACCGACUUUAUCAAACAUUAUCUGAUGAAUCCAGAAGUUUUGAAGAAUAUCUCUGCGCCAUUGUUAGAGAAAAUUGCUGAGACGUUGGGUAGCUUGCCCCUUGCAAAUGAUAAGAUCAAUCCUUCUUUGGGGCUGGCCAUUCCAUCAGUUGAAAAUAACGAGGAAACCAAGAACGCCGUCCUUAACGAGUUUUUGGAGUCCAAUUUUGAAUUGUUUUUGAGCGUUAUAAACGACAAUAUGGGAGAAUUACCCACGAUUUAA